CAGUCAGGGAAGAGGGAGCCAGAGACGAACACAAAGGGGCAGGAGUAACUGGAGCACUUGGGAAGCAGGGGCACUCACCAGCUCUCCCCCUGCGCUGUGGGCACAGCAGCAUCGGGCAGCUCCCCAGUGUGGGAGCCAUGUCAGCAGUGCCAGCGAGCAGGCUCCUGCAGAUGGGGGUGCUGGGCUACUUGCUCCUCUUCUCGUUCAUCUCCUUCACCUCCUCGGUCCGGGUGGACUUCACCGAGCACCGGAAUAAAGCUGCCAAGAUCAAAGUCAACCCCAGGGGCAACCUCUGGGCAACAGGUCACUUCAUGGGAAAGAAGAGUAUCUCAGGCCCUUCACACCUGGAGUCUCCAGAGGAUGCUGCCAUAAGCUCUGUCCCAAUGGCCUUCAGCCCAUCCCUCCGAGCCAUCCUGGAGGACAUGAAGGAGCUGCUUACCAGGGAACUCCUGAAAAUCCUCUUGCAAGAGAGAUUAUUAGAUGAGAACCAAGGAAAGCACAAUCUUGCUGACCAGGAGACGGGGUUGCUAAUGAAGGUGCUGGAGAAAUAUCUUUCAAACUGAGGAGGACCGGUGGCCGCCAUCAACAUGGAGGACUUGGGCCAGUGCCCCCGACGGUCUCACUAGUUUACAGGGAAUGCCCAAGGGCAUUCCCCUUGCGGUGUACUGUGGCUGCGUCAUUUUUUGGUUAUUUAUUCUUACUGUAAUAUUGUUCCCAGAGAGUGCCUGGGGGACAAAUCCAGCACUUUCUAUAUAUUCCCCUCCCUUCCCCACUGUGGAUUCUGCAUCAUUGACGUUUAAAGAGCCCCUGUGAAUAAAACCAACUCUUUGCACAGCAUGGGCGAGCCCUUGCCUUGGAGUCUCAGGGCAAAGGCUGGAGCAACGAGCUACUUCAAAACAGCCAGAGCCUUGGGUACAGAUGGGAUUGGUGCAGGGGCUUUGCAGGUAUCCUGGCCUUUAUCAGGGAGGGAGAGGCGAUGUGAGAGGGGCCUACUGAAUACUGGCAGGGAGGGAGGGUCUUUAAAUGUGGAUGAGGGAUUGUUGCUGGUA